GCAUCGAGUAAUAUAAUAUCCGAAUCACCAAUGUUUGAUACAAAAUUAAUUGGUCAAAAUUUGGUUUUAAUGCUUGUCGGUGAUAAAAAAUCAAUUGAUGAGCGCGAUAAAUCGACUCGUCUCAUCAACUAUUGA